GUCACUUGUGAAUUUCUGGCCAACAACAAGUCAAACCAAAAGGCAAUAGAGGUAGGGGUGAUGAAAUAUUCAUGAAAAUGCAUGCGCACACUAUUAUAUUCAUCAUAUAUCUCAUCAUCACUCCUUAUUACAUGAACUAGUUAGUGUUAUAUACAUAUUCACGAUCGAUGACGAAACCAAUGGUUGGGGCAUUGAGAUCGAGGAUUAAUCCCCAACAACCUCGUUCCCACAAGUUAUUUCUUCCUUACUUGGGAUUUAUCAUCUUUUCUGCCAUCUUUGUCUUCAAGGUGGAUGUCAUUAUUUCUCAGACAAUCUCUGUGGCUCGUCGGAAUGUGGAAACCAUAACAAGCAGGCCAACUGUAGUGAUUGGAAAUGGUACAUUUCAGCGUCACUUUAUCAUCUCGUGGGGCGAAGACCGAGCCCGAAUGCUGGAGGACGGCGAGCUUCUUACCCUUUCCCUCGACAGACUGUCUGGCUCAGGCUUCGAGUCUAAGAAAGAAUUGUUGUUUGGUAAGAUCGACAUGCAAAUCAAGCUCAUCCCUGGAAACUCCGCAGGCACUGUCACAACUUAUUAUAUGUCAUCAGAAGGAGAGCACCGCGAUGAGAUAGACUUUGAGUUUCUUGGAAAUUCAAGUGGUAAUCCCUACACUCUCCACACAAAUGUGUACACACAAGGCAAAGGUGAUAGAGAACAGCAAUUCUUCCUGUGGUUCGACCCGACACAAGAUUUUCAUACAUAUUCCAUUCUCUGGAACCCCAAAUGCAUUAUGUUCUAUGUCGACGACAUACCCAUACGGGUAUUCAAGAACAUGGAGAAAUUAGGCGUUCCGUUCCCCAAAGAUCAGCCGAUGAGAAUAUAUUCGAGUGUGUGGAAUGCGGAUGACUGGGCUACACAGGGUGGCCGGGUUAAAACUAAUUGGUCAUUAGGACCAUUCACUGCAUCGUACCGAAAUUUCUCGGUAGAUGGUUGCAUUUGGUCGUACAGGACAAGAAGUUCGUCCUGCAAUUCUACUGAUUUUUCGACGAAACCUAUGCUAAAAGUGGAGAUGGACAGGAGAAACAGGGAGAGGUUGAAGAGGGUACGAAGGGAACACAUGGUAUAUGAUUACUGCAGGGAUAAAUGGAGGUUUCCUAAGGGCCCUGGUCCCGAAUGCAGGGUUAAUAAUUAGACAGGGGGAAUAGUGUUUCUGUCCAAUUUAUUUCUUGAAUUUUUCAGGAUUUUGUCCCCACUUCGACACUCUUAUGAUGUACAUUAAUUUUGUUGUGA